UCAGCCUCCACUGACACAGAGAACCGUCGGGUUCAGCCAAUCUCAGUGAUAAUCUGUGCACGCGUUAAUCUGCUUAAUCCCGAGCAUCAGCCUCAGCCUCAGACUGUUGUCCUGCUGCAGCUCCGCCAACAUUCAGCGGGAGGUCAGAAAGAAAAAGUGACCGACACAAGUUUUCACAGUGUGUGAUGGACACCUGAAGAUUCCUGAAGAUUCCUGAAAGUUCCCGCUGCUGUGACGUCACUCCGGGACGAAGCGGUGGAGGAAACACGCGCACACCGGGAAUAUAACCACAAACAGGAGCUGGAAACUCUGGGAUGGAAAACAUGGGACUGUGGAUUUUCCUCAUUACAACCUGUGUUGUUCCAGGAGUCCAGAGUCAGACUGUGGAGAUGGACGAUGGGAAGUGGGCGUUUGUCGGCUCAAAGGUGGAUCUCCGCUGUCGCUUCAUCAACAGUUCUCCACCUGUCAAAAUCUCACAGGUCACAUGGCAGAAACUGGUGAACGGCACCAAGCAGAACGUGGCCAUCGCCAACCCCUCCCUCGGCGUGUCUGUGGCCCCGACCUACAGGGACCGCGUGACCUUUAAGAACGCGGCGGUGAGGCGACGAACUCCGACCCUCGAGGACACCACCAUCACCUUCUCCUCGCUCCGCCUCGCUGACGAGUCCGCGUACAUCUGUGAAUACACCACGUUCCCCGCUGGGAACCGAGAGAACACUGUGAACCUCACCGUCUACGUUCGUCCAACGACUCGGAUGAGUCUGUCCACGCCCACUCUGGUGGCUCGCUCGUCCAACCUGAGGACGCCUGUGGCCAGCUGCAUCUGUGCCAACGGGAAACCAGCCGGUGUCAUCAGGUGGGAGACAAAGGUUCCAGGAGAAGUGUCCACUCGGGAGUUCAGAAACUCAGACGGGACGUUCACUGUCCACAGUGAUUACAUCCUGGUGCCGAGCAGAGAAACUCACAGGGAGACGCUGACGUGCGUCACCACCUACAACGACGAGGUCUUCACUGACAGCCUCACUCUGGAUGUUCAGUAUGAGCCGGAGGUUUCAGUGGACGGGUUUGACGGGAACUGGUAUCUGAACCGAGAGAACGUGGAGCUGAGCUGCACGGCCGAUGCUAACCCGGCUGUUUCUCUGUAUCAGUGGAGACUGAUCAACGGCUCCAUACCGAGCAGCGCUGAGAUCCGUGACAGCGUGCUGAGCUUCAGAGGUCCGGUCACGUACGAGCUGCAGGGAACGUACGUUUGUGACGCCACCAACAGCAUCGGGACGCAGUCGGGCUCUGUGGACGUCAGCGUCAUAGAAAAACCACUCCCACAGAUUGCUACGAGUGACGUCAUCAGUGUGAUUGCGUUGUUACUGGCUGCCGGAGUGCUCAUGGGCAUCACCAUCACGGUGCUGGUCCUCAAAAUAAGAAGCAGAAAAGACGACUCCUUAAACACUUCACCAUCCAGAAAACUGGCCCAGCCCAUCAGGAAAAGACCAGGCGAGGACAUUCAGCAUUCAGGGCGUUUUUACGAGGAGCUUCCAAACACAGCAGACUACGUGAGCUACAGACUGGCCUGUAACAAAGACGACUACCCUGAACCGUACUCUCCUCCUCUCAACCCUCCACUCUCGUUCCUGCCGCAGCAGCCGUACCAUUCCUCACAACCCACCACCACCACCAACAACAGCAGCAGCUGCAACACGCCCAAAAACACCUUCUCCCCUCCUUCACACACGGCGGCCAUCUUUAAAUACCCGUCAGUACCAGGUCUGGCUCCUCCUCCUCCUCCAGGAGUGGCGGCGUACACGUUUCCUAAAGAACAGUACGUCUGAACGGUCAGACUGUCAUAAACCUGGACGACUCUGGAAGUCAAAGACAGUUUUUCUCUGGUUUUGUCUUUCUUACUUUUGAUUUUAGUGAAAUGAUGAAUGAAUGACUGUGAAUGUUUGUGUUGAUGUCGAGUCCUUACUUUACCUUUUAUAAAAAAUAUAAAUCAUAAAAACAUGAUACUUUCCUACUGUCUGUGCACCUGUUACUGUUUUAUAUCACCACCGUUUUUAUUGACUGAAGACAUUUCUGUCCAUUUUUAAAUGUGAUGUUUAUAUUUGUGGUAGCCGUGGUUUUUGUAUUCACUGACACUGGUUGUUGGAUGAACUGUAAUUUAAAUAAAUAAACUUC